AUGACUAGUUGGCUUGUUUACGCUCGCAAGGCUACCUCUGAUGAACAGAAGAUCAUCAAAGCCAACAUAGCCAAGAUUAGUCAUAAGAAUCCAGAAACGCAAGGAGAUCUGCCUUUUGUUUCCGCCGUGGACUUAGAAGGUGUCGAACAAGAAAUUGAAAAACUUUGUGAAGAAGCAGAAAAAGAAGAUGGAGAAGACGAGAUUGAAGAAGACAUCCCUACUGUACCAGUUGAUGUUGGUGUUCCCACCUCGCAGAUGGGUGACUUGGCAAAGCAUGCUUUCUCAUCAACAUGUCCACCGGUUGAUGGUCACCUUUGUAUGGCCGGCCUUUCUUUGGAAGAGAAGGCUACGAAGGCAAAGGAUGCCUUCUCCUCAACUUGUCCGCCAGCCAUCAAUCACCUUCGCCGUGAUGGUAUUGCAGAAGGCGAUAAUAAUUCCGGUGGUCAACCUUUUUCACAACCGAAUGCAUCCGGUUGCGACAGUGCCACCAAAGACGAGGACAAGGACCCUGAGCCGGCUCAGGGCCCCGUCAACGUACGCCUUUGUAUCAAGCGACCUGCACCCGAUUUGAGCCCGGUCAAAUCCCCAUCCCCAUCACCUCAGAAACUCGUGACCAAGGCUAAUAAGGGAGGUUCAAAGGGCAAGAAAGGUGUUUCAAAAGGCGAAGUACUUCAGGAUAUUAAACCCAGUUUACCAAUUGUAGAGAAAGGUGGUGGGAGGGGGAUAGAGGUCGAAGCUAAGGGUAAAGUAGCUAAGCCUAAGGCUAAGGGGAGGAAGCCAAAGGUGGCGCGAGUCUAG